AUGACAUCUGGUGUUCUUAGUCCCUCGUACCCUGUCCAGACUUACCCGGUUCAACACGCGGAGCAGGCCUUCAGAUUGCUGCUGAGUGGAAAGACCACGGACAAGAUCUACGCGCCCUGUGCGGUUGAGCAUUCCGAGAGGGCCACUUCCAAAAAUCCCGCGGGCAAAGCAGCAACACACGACCCGAAGAGCGCUAUUGACAUCGAGUGGAACGCAAAAAACGGACAGCGGACUGCUUGGACAGCAUCCCGAAAGUUCGCGUCCAAGCAAAAGAAGCCCUGCCCCAACCCGGCACAUGGGCGUCCGAGAAUCCGAACAACAUUGGCAAAUGGGAAAGCAUGGCUGAAAGAGAGAAGCAUCAAGGCUGGCGCGCCAGCUUACCUCAGAGAACCCAAGUUACAGCACAUCGAGCGCAGAGAAUGGCAGCAUAUCAUCUCCGCCAAUGAAGAAGCCAUGCUAUACAACGAGGCCGGUCAAUUCCGUGGGCUGGUUGUGCGCAACUUCACCAACUCCGAAAAGAGUCCUCCGAUCGCUGGAUGA